AUUGUGAAAUUAUAUUAUGGAAAGUGGCUGUGAAACAAAUAACAAUAUUAAAACUCUCGCAGUUAUCGAUUUAGAAACAAAUGGUCUACCAUGGGAACAAUUCAAUGUCUGCUCAAUAACUGAAUUGAGUGUUUAUGCAUUUUCUGCCCAAUGUUUGACGGACAAGGCAGCGGAGAACCAUGCAAACAAAAAUGCGAAGUCGUCUUGUGGGGGCAUGGAUGGAAUUGCAGAUUUGUCCAAGGAAAUCCCAGAUUUACCUAGAGUUUUACACAAACUAACACUCAUGGUUAAUCCUCAAAGGAUGAUACAUCCAGAAUCGGAAAGAAUAACAGGUCUUUGCAAUGAAAUGUUGUGCAACGAAGCAUCUUUUGAUAUCAACACUGCCAAUUGUUUAUUAGGCUUUUUGGAACGCCUUGAGAAACCAAUUUGUUUUGUGGCCCAUAAUGGUUGGUCAUUUGACUAUCCUGUAAUAAGACAUGUCUUUGAAAAAAUAAAUAUGACUGUUCCUUCUACCAUUUACUGUGUGGACUCUUUAAAAGCUUUUAUUGAAAUGGAUGAAAAACAAUAUGAAAUGGCUAAUAUUGCCAAAACAUUAAUGGAAAGUCCAAAAAGUGAUGAAGAUAUAUCUAAAGCCUGUAGCGAAGAGAUAACGAAAAUUGCCACAAAGGAUCCUUUGGAGGAUAAUGCCGCCAUCGAUUGGCGAAAAGUCAAUGAAACUACUCCUCAUCGCAAAACAAAAGUCGAGAAGAGAAAGCGUGAAGUUGAAACCACACCUUGUAAAAAUCAAGUCAAGCGCACCACAGGUCUAAAAGUACGAAGAGAAUUGUUCUCCAAACCAUUUCAACCGCAAUCAAAGUACCCUCCAAAGGGUAAAUAUCAAUUGGGCAAUAUUUAUGAGCGCGUUUUCAGCAAACCCUGCGAUAAUCUUCACCGUGCUGAGUCAGAUGUUUUGAUAUUGACUAAAUUGAUUCUACAUUAUGGUUUGGAUUUUUUGGCUUACGCAGAAGAGCGUAAAAUAACAUUUGACCAAGUGAAAAAAUUGGGAAAAUUUUAAUAGCUUUUAGCCUUGUGUUUAAUUUAAAUUUUUUAUAAGUCCAGUGACAUGAUUUUGUGCUUGUAUUAUUGUGCAUGAUUUUUAUUAUAAAGUAAUUUAAAAGAUUUUUCCAUUUUUAAGGAAUUUUUGUGAUUAUUUAAGAAUUUUUACCCUUUUAAUAUAUCUUGUAAACCCAAAUUGCUUUAUCUAAUAAAUUUUUUUAAAAUAUUAA